CGCGGGCACCAGCGCGGCGCUGGAGGAGGUGCUGGUCGCCACCACGCCUUUGCGGCCCCCGGGACAGCGCUGCGCCGCCUGCCGAGCUGCCCCCUCCCGCGCCAAGGCAGGCGGCGGCCCCGCGCCUCCCCGCGUGACCGCGAUAAACAUUACACCGCAGCCGUUAAUGUUUAAUGAGGUUUGCCUCCCAAUUAAUGCGCUCUCCCGGGGGCGCCUGCUCGCAGAGCGACGGACGGCGUGCCGGCACGAUGGGCGACGGUAAAGACGCCGCGGGAACGGGGCGGCUGGUCCCACAUCGCGGCCCCGGCCGGGGCGAGAUCGCCGGUGGGCCGGGAGGCUGCUGGGACGCACCGCGGCGAGAGGCACCAGCCGCCGGUGCUGCUCUGCACGCCUGCGAUGCCCGAGAGCAGCCUCUGCCCCUGCCUGCACGCCGUGCCGCACCGCGCCGUGCCGUGCCAUGCCGUGCGAGCGGUGCCCUUCCCAGGGCAUCCGUGAAGGCUGCGCUGCGAGCACGCAGCCGGGGCACAUCGCACCCGACUCCUGCAAGCGACGGAGGCGGGUCGCCACGUGCACCUCCGUCCAGAGACGGAGGGACUCCUCUGCAUGCUGGAACUGCAGGGGGAACUUUAACUUGCUGGGGCAAAAAAAGCAGGAAUUUGGGAAUCCUUUACUCGCCCGGCUAGAUCUUAGAGAGAUCCGAGCGUGCUUCCUUGCGGUCCUCUUUCCUGAGCAAGCGCUCGAGCAGGACCUGGACAGGUUCACCUACGACUAUGACACCGUCCGCAACGGGGGACUGAUCUUCGCUGUGGUGGCUUUCGUCAUCGGGCUCCUCAUCAUCCUCAGCCAGCGGUUCCACUGCGGAGGCAAGAGGAAGAGGAGGCAAGGGGACGAGGAAGACCUGUAGCUGCAGGCAGGGCGCUGAGAGCCGGGCCGGGCGCCGUGGGACGCACCGGCCCCUCCGCUGCGUAACCCUGGCGUCCGUGCGGUUUCAGAGCUCCUGCGGCAGCGCAGAGGCCAAGCUUCAGCCAAAGCAGCAAAGUCCUUGCCGAGAGCCGCCCCCCGCCCCGCUCCAGUGGAUCCAUUACCCUGCUCGCCCCGGGCAAGGCCAGCGUGCAGAUCGCCCACGUGCUUUCCCCGCUGUUUGAUCCAGCGUGCGUUUCUGCGCUAAUAAAGUUCCAGCCGAGAGAGGUUAAA